AUGAAAAGAUUCAAACUCUUUUAUCCAAACAACUGUCACCAUCACCUCUUCAUCCCUUCAUCACUAUCACCUCUUCAUCACUAUCACCUCCCUCAUCACUUCAUUCCUUCAUCACCUCUUCAUCACUUCAUUCCUUCAUCACCUCUUCAUCACUUCAUCCCUUCAUCACUAUCACCUCUUCAUCACUAUCACCUCCCUCAUCACUUCAUUCCUUCAUCACCUCUUCAUCACUUCAUUCCUUCAUCACCUCUUCAUCACUUCAUUCCUUCAUCACCUCUUCAUCACUUCAUUCCUUCAUCACCUCUUCAUCACUUCAUUCCUUCAUCACCUCUUCAUCACUUCAUAGAUCUCCUUUAG